GUGCUCAGUGGGGAAAAAAUACUGCUUCAGGAAAAAAAAUCUAGAAAGCCGACAGCAGAAAGGAAAAAAAAAAAUGCAUACAUUCUUAAAAAAUAAAUAAAUAGUACACAAGGUGACCGGGAUGAGUGGUGUGCAGGGGAUCAUCGUGAGUGGCGAGGCGUCAGAGUCUGAUGAGGAAGAGGAGUUUUGUGCUGCCCAGGCCAAAGGUCAACUGCUUGCCCAGAGAGCUCAAGGAAUUCCAGUUGAGGGCAGUGCAGUCAGACAACCCACCAAAGUGCAGCACCAGCAACAACCACAUCUUAUUAAAAGAACUCACGUCUCUCUCCUCCACCAGAAGCUAUGGGAGACCAACACAUCCUUAGAGCAAAACUUGGCCGAGUGCAUCCGUGGCCCAUUGAGGGAACAGAGCAGCCGUAUGCAGCACCUCAGCGGAACCCUAUCAGCAGUUCAGACCUCCACCUUGUCAACUCACAAUGCUCUCACUCAAGCUUCCCGCAACCUCUCUCGGACCAAUUUCCUUCUUGCUGGCUUAGAUGAUAACCCUUUGUCCUCACUGAAAAUAUUGCAAUGACAAAAAAGUAAAUAGAACACUACACUACACUUACCAUGUACAUAGACAAUUAAUGUUAUUCACAUUAUAGUGGGAGAUACUUCUGUGCCUGCAACUCCUGCAUACCCUCAUACUUUCAUAUCUCUUUUCUCCAAGUGAUUCAAGCCAUCUCAGGGUGCUAAAGUUUACCACUACCACACCACAGUUCAUUCCUUCUCCCCUAUCAGCAGUGCCAUGUAACCUUAUUGUUGCAGCACCAAUGUAUCCACCUAAUAUCCCUUAUUGCAUUUCAGUUGUGCUCCAUUUACCUUCCACUGUGUAGGUAACUCUCAAAUGAUUAAUUUCCUUUGCUUACAUCAGAGACCUUUGAUUAUUAUGAAGGCAUAAGUCAGUGCUAAACUACUUAACCAUCAUGUGCUUUUCAUGUAUUUUAAAAAUCUCCAUGCACACCUUCCAUUCAUCACAAGCUGAAAUGAUCCUAUCGCUAGCUUCCUGCCUAACUCUCACCAUGUUUUCUUCAUACUUACAUACACUAGCACACUAUUCUUACUCUAUGUAGAUUUGGGAAAUAAAAUAUUUAACUUUCUUUUCAUGCAAACAAAUGUGGAAGAGGAAAACUUUUGAUAAAUGUCAGCAAAAGUGUGUGUGUGUGUGUGUGUGUGUGUGUGUGUGUGUGUGUGUGUGUGUGUGUGUGUGUGUGUGUGUGUGUGUGUGUGUGUGUGUGUGUGUAUAAUCAUAUCAAAUGUAAUACAGUUACAGUUCCUAAUAUGUUAUCAGUGAUCCAGUCAUUGCAAUAGACUUGUGAUUAAUGAAACAAAAGCACACCUCUGGUCCUCAGUGAAAUCCUUUUAAGUUUGAAACAAAGGGUGUGGCUUUCAAGUUAUGGCUGAGCACUGACAACAUUCUGUAUCAUCACAAUAUUCUUCCACUGUUGUGCAUCAUUUGGUAAUAUUGUAUUCAUCACAGUAAUAAUACUACCAAGUUGUCAGUAUAUCUUAGAAUUAUCACUUGCAAUGUGGAUAGUAUCCAGUCAUAAGCAUUUAUAGGGAAUUAUCACUUGCAAUGUGGAUAGUAUCCAGUCAUAAGCAUUUAUAGCUGAGUUUAUUAAUUAUUCUCAAAUCACUCACAUUUCAAAUAAUAGGGAUCAUAGGCUAUACACAGAAUUUCAAGAUGCCUUGAGGAGGGCAGGUCAUGCCUCACCCUAAACCCUUAGUUUGGUUUUGUAAUGUAAGAACUGUCACUUCUUGUCAGAUCUUGUGAUUACACUAUCACAAAUUGCCCUGCAUAAUAUGAAGUGUACACCAUGUAGGUUAAUUCCAUCGUACAAAUGGUAUACAUAUGUUUAAAAUGUAAGAGAAAAAGACUUAAGAUGCUUCUUCUGCAGCAGGACUGUGCAUUAAGCAGCUGCGCUUCAUUGAAUGUCAUCAGUGUACAGUUAUUUGUCUGUUCUGUUGAUAUAUUUUGACAUCGCUUUAUCAAAUAAAUACUUGCAGAACUUCU